AUGUCCUGCUUCCUCGCCGGGCAGCGCCGCCUCAACCCCUCCAUCGUCUCCAAGGCCCUCACCCAGACGCGAACCAAAACACACCGCGCGUCACCGUCUUCCCUCUGGCUGUCGCGCAACCAUCUUAAACUCCAACCCACUGUCCCCCCUCCCUUGCCUCCUUCCUAUCCCAUGCGCGUCAUCCUCUCAGACGGCUCUGUAAUUACCGCAUACACCACUGCCCCUACCCCCUCCACAAAGAAACUCACACGAGAUGUGAAUAACAACCCUCUAUGGUCACCUGCGACUGAGAAGAAGGGCUUGGGUGAGGGCGACGAGGGCAGAGUUGGAAAGUUUAGAAACAAGUUCAAGGGACUUGGCGGGGAUAUUGUGGGAGGGCUGGAUAGUCAGGAUGAGGUGGCGGGCGCAGCGGGUGGCUUUGCUCUGGAGGAUCUGGAUUGGAUGAGUGAGGGUGCCGAGGAAGAGAAGCUGUCAGAAAAGCAAAGAAAUCCCGUCAAGGCGAAAGGAAAGAAAGGGAAGAAGUAG